UUGUGAGUGGUGCUGAGGUGGAAACCAACAGACGAGUCCCUUUUUUGCUUUAGAAGCCGUGUCCAAACUGUCGAGCUGUCUGCCCUGCUGCUCGCUUUGGUUUCGGAGAGAGGCUUUUCUGUGUGAUCGGGACCUCAGUGCUCUGGUUUGAAGACAAAAACAUCGAAAUAUUCGAUGUGAACAGGCGGACUGUCGUUCGAUUCUGUAGCAUUAGCUGUUAGCUACCGCGAAGCUAACACCAAGUGCUAACGCCAGCGAUGUUUUGAUGGAAGAGUUUCUGACACCCUCGGCUCUCCGUGUACAGGACAAUGAUGGUUAACUAUUUAUCGUUAGAUCUGUGAAUUUGUUUUCUGUCGUAAGGAAAUUUAGUGUAUAUAUCCACAAAAGGGAAAAAUAAGCGGACUGGAAGCUAAAGAGCUUAAAGCAACACUGCAUCAAUAGAAGGUUAGUGAACAGUCGAGCUGACGGUCGCGAUCUUUUCUGCCCAAAGUGACUGACUUCACCGCUGGAAUCACCGCCCUGGCCCACGGUAACCGGACACUGUCUGUAUGCCGCUCUGUCUACAUCCAGAGAGCGACACAAUUGUCCAACGGAGCUGUUUUUGAGUCGGUUUAAAGUGGAUACCGGUGUCUGCGACCGCCGGGAACAUCUGGCCUCCACCGAGCCUGUAGGACUGCUGUGGUUCACGGAAAAGGGCAACAAAACCGGCCAUUCUUUCUUGAACUGCAUUUGUACGCAGAAGGUGAAGUGGAUUUUACAACGAGGAAUAUUCUCGGAGAAAGUUGUUCAGCUCCCGUUGAACCAUGACCAUUCUUCCCAAGAAAAAGCCCAGUUCUGGAGGUCCUGAUGAAGACAAUCGUGGCAGUUCAACUGCACGGCCACGAGCCUCUCCCCCUCCCUGGUCAUAUGCUCCACCUCCCCCCACACCAAGCACCUCUCCUCCACCUUCAGCCCCUCCCUCCGUGGGUCCCUCAGAGCCUGGAGCCUCCAGGGCUGAGCUGGGAAGCUGUGGGGGAGGGCUGGGGGACUGCUGCUCCGGUCCUGGGCUCAGCAAACGCAGGAGACAGGCCGGAGGAUGCUCAGUGGCUGUGGGCUCUCUCACUGGAGGUGGGCAGCCAGGGGUCACGGGCCCCGGGGCCAGUCAGGAUCAGGAGGAGGGAGCUGGAAACAACAGUGAGGAUGAGUACGAAAACGCAGCACGACUACAGGCUGUGGACCCCGCCACUGUGGAACAGCAGGAGCACUGGUUUGAGAAAACUCUAACGGAGAAAAAGGGCUUUGUCAUAAAGAAAAUGAAGGAAGAUGGAGCCUGUCUCUUUAGAGCUGUUGCCGACCAGGUGUACGGAGACCAGGACAUGCACGAAGUGGUCAGGAAACACUGUAUGGAUUAUUUGAUGAAGAACGCCGACUACUUUUCAAGCUAUGUAACAGAAGACUUCACCACUUACAUCAACCGCAAGCGCAAGAACAACUGCCACGGCAACCAUAUCGAGAUGCAGGCCAUGGCGGAGAUGUACAACCGUCCGGUGGAGGUUUACCAGUACGGCACAGAGCCCAUCAACACCUUUCUCUCCAUUCACCAAAACCAUGACGAGCCCAUCCGCGUCAGCUACCACCGAAACAUUCACUACAACUCCGUGGUCAACCCCAACAAGGCGACUAUGGGGCUCGGGCUGCCCGCCUUCAAACCAGGGUACGCAGACCAGUCACUGAUGAAGUCUGCCAUAAAGACCUCAGAAGAGUCAUGGAUUGAGCAACAGAUGUUGGAAGAUAAGAAGCGCGCCACUGACUGGGAGGCCACAAAUGAGGCCAUCGAGGAGCAGGUGGCCCGAGAGUCGUACCUGCAGUGGCUCCAGGACCAGGAGAAGACCAGACAGCCUCGUAAAGCCAGCGCCACCUGCAGCUCGGCGACGGCAGCUGCAUCGAGUGGACUGGACGACUGGAGUGCCCGGUCGCCACGACAACGGGAAACAGACACCACUCACUCCGACCUCACCACCGCUACGGCGACGAGCAACAAACCUCCGUCUCCAGGGGGCGCUGCACUCAUCCUCAGCAAACCUCCGUCCCCCUGUGCUCCGGGUCCCAGUAAUCCAAGUCGUCACCAUCUGGAAUACAGAGCUAUAAUGCAGGAAAUGUCCCCCACUGCUUUUGGUCUGACAGACUGGGAGGACGAUGAGAUCCUGGCUUCUGUGUUGGCGGUGUCCCAGCAGGAGUAUUUAGACAGCAUCAAACAGCGGCAGAGCAGCUCCAGCAGCAUGCACAGAGAGAGAGAGCCUUCCCCAGACAGCAGCUGAUACAGACAACCAUCCUCAACUCCACUACCUUCACUCCUCUCUCCACUGUCCCUCCUCCCACCAACUUCACACACAGGACCCAAAUAAAUCAUCAGAUGCACCCUUUAGUUUCUUCAUUCUUCAACUCAAACAUGAGCUGAGAAUUAUAGGCAUGUUAUAAUAUGAACAUGGGUUUCUUUUAAGAACUAAGCUCAGUUUUACUGAUGUUGCUACUUAAAGCUCCUCUAUUAUGCUGUUUUGACAUUUUUGAGCAUUAAACCAUUUUAUAUUGUUGUUUACUCCUCAUUAUCCAACCUGGAGUAUUUUGAGUUGUCUUUUUUGAUUCUAAUGCUACAUAAUGACCCAGUGUCCGGAGGGAUGAAAUUAAAAACAUACACAGAACACUUCAUACACUCAUUCAUACACACAAAGCUAAAAUUGUCAGAAUGUUGCAUAAUAGGGGAUCUUUAAGUCAAAAGGUUGCGGCAGUUCAUCUGAUUUUGUGAGCACUUACAGGCCCCAAUAGUUAGCAACAACUCCUUGGACUUGACAUUCAAAUUUGCACAAUAUUCUAUAUUCUAGGAAAAAUGCCAGUGGGUAGUUUAUGAUAUUACUAAUGGCGUUUUCCAAACAAGCUCAAAAUCACCUCAAAGUCUUACUUUGGUCUCUUAAUCUGUAUUACUGUUUUUCUUUUUCCAUUCAUUUUUUUCCAAAAACAUGUAUAAAGACUGUGAAAUAAUUUGAUAAAAUCAGAAUUAAAUCAUGAAACUGACCCACCCUUCCCCUCUAAAAAGGCUAACUUAGCAUGUUGAUAUUAAAGUCUGUUUUGUAAAGCUAGUUCUUUGCUAUAAUGACGGUUGUUUAACGGGUGUAGUUCAUUAAAUGAGCGCUUUGCAAGGAGGAAAUCCAUGAUAAAGAGUGAUCUGUAAAAUGUACAGAUAUUUUUUCUUGUGUUAAAAUAACUGUAAAGUUAAAGUUCUGGCACUUAAUAUUUCUAUUUGUUGAUUCUACAGAAACUUGAAAUUACUAAAUUUAAAUGCCAAAAUAAAACUCAAAAUUUCCUUAAAAAUGUUUUAAAAAUCCAAAUUAAAAUCUUACUUUCUUAUGCAUAAAUGUCUUGGAUUAGCGCUUUUUAAAAACUGCACCUCUGGAAAUUGUCAUAGCACGUAAUUGAACCAUUUCAAAAGUGUUUUUUUUUUUUUUUUUUUCUUGGCCUGAAAACCACAUUUUAGCCUGAGCCCUCCUCCCCUCUCCCUUUGUCAUCCUGCACCAUCAGACUUAUUUAGCUGCAUGUGUAAUGACCACCACCAAUUAAUAUCAUCUUAGAAAAAAGUCAAUAAUAAAAAAGGAGAGAAAAGAGAAAAUUGUGAUCCUUUCUCCUGUUGAUUGAAUAAUGUUGUAUUAAUAAUUAUAUAAGUUUGUUUUAUUUUAUUUUCCUGUUUGGGAUGAAAAUACUUUUUUUUUCUUGGAAUAAAAAGAAAACGUUUCUGAACAAAUAGA